GGACGAAAAGACGCAAGGUUAAACAAAAUCGUAUAUAAAUUGGAAAACGGAACUAAAUUUCGUAUCACUCUUGUUCGGGUUUGUACAGAACAGCAACAAGGUCGAAAUGAACGCAUUCGUCAGUGGAGUCGUAGUUUUGGGAGCCAUCGCUAUGGCUAGCGCUGGAAUCAUUUCGCCACAUGUCAGCUAUGUAUCUGGUCUCAGUCAUGGAUACGUAGCUUCCCCCUUAGUAGCUUCAGUUGCCGUUCACGCUCCUGAAGGACAAUACUUGCACGACUACACCGAAAAACUCUACGACGACGGUUCCUACAGGCCAGAAUUGAGGGCUAUUCCUUUGGCUAAUUCUCCUUAUGGUUUGACCCCAGCUGGUUCCGGUCUCGAAGGUGCCUACGUUCCAGACAUUAACGAAAAAUUGUACGAUGACGGCAGCUACAGACCAGAAUUGAGGGCUAUUCCUUUGGCUAAUUCUCCUUACGGUUUGACUCCAGCUGGUUCCGGUCUUGAAGGUGCCUACGUACACGACAUCAGUGAAAAAUUGUACGAUGAUGGAUCUUACAGACCCGGACAUCUUCAUCAUUAGAUUUUAGGAUUUUAGAUUAUGACUGUAAAUAAAUUAUUUAAUAAAAAUCAAGUUGCAUAACACUUUGUUGGAUUAGAUCGGAAUAAAAUAUCGGAGGUCGUUAUUUAGCACCAUCGAUGUUUCAUAC